AUGAGUCGCAUCUUUCACACGGAAACGAUGCGCUUCGAGGGUACGUUGCACGAACCGAAGCGAAACCGUAACGUGUUCCUCGACGUAAAACCCAUCGCGGAAGACAACGGUGCGCAAGACUCCAGGGAACAGGGUAGGCGAAAUGCAACCGUCUUUAACAAUCGGGUUGGCUUUCCUCCGCUCACACCAAAGGAAGCGUUCGUGAAUACAGCGGCCACAGCCAACCAAACGAGCAUGGUGUUCGAGAGUUCGAAACCAAUCUACCUGGUGCUGCGUGCCAUCGGAGUGUUUCCGUAUACGCGGCUCGCAUCCGGUGAGACUGCGUUCGUAUUGGCCUCGCCCUCCAUGGUGUACUGUGUGAUGUUUUUCCUCCUGCUUACCGUGUACAUCGCCUUCAUUCUGCUCAAUCGCAUCGAAAUCGUGCGCACGCUCGAGGGUCGCUUCGAGGAGUCCGUUAUUGCAUAUCUGUUCAUCGUGAACAUCCUGCCGAUCCUGAUCAUACCGCUGAUGUGGUACGAAUCGCGCAAGGUCGUGUCGGUGGUGAAUGGGUGGGUCGAUUUCGAAACGGUCUACCGGAAAACGUCCGGCCGUGCAUUGGAGCUAAAGCUUCGUACCAAGGCACAGGUGGUCGCCAUCUUGCUGCCGAUCCUUUGCUCCCUGUCGGUCGCCAUUACGCAUGUGACGAUGGUCGACUUUAAGCUGCUGCAGGUCAUACCGUACUGUGUGCUCGACACGAUCACCUACAUGAUGGGCGGUUACUGGUAUCUGGCGUGCGAGACGCUCAGCAUUACGGCGAAGAUCCUGGCGGAAGAUUUUCAGCGCGCCCUACGCCAUGUGGGCCCGGCGGCCAAGGUGUCCGAGUAUCGGUCGCUGUGGUUGCGCCUUAGUAAGCUGGCCCGCGAUACAGGAUUCUCCACGUGUUACACCUUCACCUUCAUCUGUCUGUACCUGUUCUUCAUUAUAACGCUCUCGAUCUACGGGCUGAUGUCGCAAAUUUCGGACGGGUUUGGGGUGAAAGACAUUGGGCUUGCUGUGACCGCGUUCUGUAGCGUUGGCUUGCUGUUCUACAUCUGCGAUGAGGCCCAUUAUGCAUCGUUUAACGUGCGCACCAACUUCCAGAAGAAGCUGCUGAUGGUUGAGCUGAGCUGGAUGAACACGGAUGCGCAGACCGAGAUCAACAUGUUUUUGCGGGCGACCGAGAUGAACCCAUCCAGCAUUAAUUUGGGAGGGUUUUUUGACGUCAACCGUACGCUGUUCAAAUCGCUGCUUGCAACGAUGGUUACGUACUUGGUGGUGCUGCUCCAGUUCCAGAUCAGCAUUCCGGAUGAACCGAGUGCCAUGUUGAUGCACGGUAACACGUCACAUUCUUAG